AUGAGUACGAAAGCGGUUUCGAAGCAAUUGAAAACCAAAGGCUUACAACGCCUUCGCUGGUACUGCCAGUUGUGUGAAAAACAGUGUCGCGAUGAGAACGGUUUCAAGUGCCAUAGCGCGUCGCCAGCACACAUCAAUCGACUCGCCGUUUUCGCUCAAAAUCAAAGGAAAGUGGUCGAUGGGUUUUCUGAACGGUUCCGGUCUUCUUUCAUAUCUGAGCUGGCACUCAACUGCUGCAACUCACGCGUGGAGGCAAACAAGUUCUAUAAUCAACUUAUUGCAAAUAAAGGACACGUUCGCAUGAAUGCCACUCGGUGGACUAGCCUAACUGAGUUUGUCCGCGCCCUCGCGGCAGAGGGUGUCUGUGAAAUCGAUGAAACAGACAAGGGUAUUUUCAUCAGAUACAGUCUACCAGAGAGUAAUAGCACACUGCGCGAAAGCUCUGCGCGUAAACGAAUGCAUGCAGAUGAAACGGCAGAUAAGAAGCACCAACAGGUUGUACGCGAUCAGUUAAAACGAACAGGGGCAGCUGCUAUCUCCCAAGAAACACGACCAACAAGCUUGGAUGGCUCUUCAGUCAAGUUCAAGAUGGACUUAAACGGCAAAGAGAAAAGAGACGAGGACGGUUUCGAGAUACAUGCUACCGGGAUCGUUGUACGACUUCGCAGUUCAAAGAAGAAAUACGUCAUCACGGCACUCUCGAACGGUAUCGCAGAGCUACGCUGCCCAGAUUCUGCGGACUCUUUCACAGCACCAAUAAAGGAUCUUCAGACGGUCAUCCCAGCAGCUGGUAAUCUCGUAAAAGUAGUUCGCGGACCAAGUGUAGGUCGUAUUGGAAUGGUGUCGAGUAUUAAUCCUGCACGCAAUUCCGUCCAAGUAUGCUUUGAUGGAAUAAACGGCCCGUUGAUGAGCUUUGCGUUUUCUCAUGUCAGUAAAUUUUUUGAUAAGUGCUCGUAA